AUGGCCUCAUACAGGCCCUUCCCACCGCAAUCGAGUCAAAUUCAAAACCCUAUUCCAAGUGGGAAUCACCAGUAUACUAAUAAUAAUAAUAAUCAAAAUUGGGGUGCUUAUGGAGAUCCCUCUAAUUCCUCAUUCCCCCAAGUCCCUCCAAAUUCCAAUUAUCAUCAUCAGCAACAACAACACCAGCAUCAAAAUCAACAUCAUGUUCCAUAUGCACCUUCAAAUCCCCAUCACCCUCACUAUCCAUAUCAGCCGCCACCACCUCCACCGGAGGCUUCAUACCAGCCUCCUCCACCACCUCCACCUCCUCCCAUGUACUAUCCCUCUAAUAACCAGUAUAACAACCAGCCACCUCCGCCACCUCCGCCGUUGUCGCCUCCACCACCUCCUCCCCCUGCUUCGCCCCCUCCUCCUCCCCCGGCAACUCAAAACAAUGAAGACCGGCGCUUCAAGGAUCCUUCCACAUCCGGCCGCCGCGAAUAUGAGCCUUCCAAUCAUGGCAUUGCUCACAAGCAGCACAAGCACCAGCCUCCCGUGCCAGCAAAGAAGGUGAAUGGGCCUCCUGCCAGAACUGAGACCGAGGAAGAAAAGAGGUUGAGGAAGAAGAGGGAGUUUGAGAAGCAGAGACAGGAAGAAAAGCAUAGGCAGCAGCUCAAGGAGUCCCAGAACACUGUUCUGCAGAAGACUCACAUGUUGUCGUCUGGGAAGGGGCACAGUUUGAUUGCAGGGUCACGAAUGGGAGAAAGGAGAUCCACUCCCUUGUUGAGUGCCGAGAGGGUUGAAAAUAGGUUGAAGAAGCCGACAACAUUUUUGUGUAAGCUCAAAUUUAGAAAUGAACUUCCAGAUCCAAGUGCUCAACCUAAGCUUAUGGCUUUCAAGAAAGAUAAAGAUCAAUAUGCAAAGUACACAAUCACAUCCCUGGAGAAAAUGUACAAACCCAAGCUUUUUGUGGAGCCAGAUCUGGGGAUACCUCUGGACCUGCUUGAUCUCAGUGUUUACAAUCCUCCCAGUGUCAGACCACCUCUUGCUCCAGAAGAUGAAGAAUUGUUGCGAGAUGAUGAAGCUGCUGCUCCUAUUAAAAAAGAUGGCAUAAAAAGAAAAGAGAGGCCUACUGAUAAAGGUGUAGCAUGGCUUGUCAAAACACAAUAUAUAUCUCCUCUAAGCAUGGAGUCAACAAAACAGUCUUUAACUGAAAAACAAGCUAAGGAGCUGAGAGAGAUGAAGGGAGGCCGCAGCAUUUUGGACAAUCUCAACAGUAGGGAAAGACAAAUCAGGGAAAUUGAAGCAUCGUUUGAAGCAGCUAAGUCUGAUCCUGUUCAUGCAACCAACAAAGAUUUGUAUCCUGUUGAGGUCAUGCCAUUACUUCCCGAUUUUGAUAGGUAUGAGGAUCAGUUUGUUGUUGCUGCAUUUGAUAAUGCUCCCACAGCCGAUUCAGAAGUGUAUGCUAAGAUGGACAAAUCUGUUCGUGAUGCCUUUGAAUCAAAGGCAGUUAUGAAAAGUUAUGUUGCAACGAGUUUAGAUCCUGCUAAUCCUGAGAAGUUUUUGGCAUAUAUGGCCCCAGCACCUGGAGAGCUGUCAAAAGAUAUAUAUGAUGAAAAUGAAGAUGUCUCUUACUCUUGGAUUCGCGAAUAUCAUUGGGAUGUUCGGGGCGAUGAUGCAGAUGAUCCUACAACGUUCUUGGUUGCAUUUGAUGACUCGGAAGCUCGUUACUUGCCUCUUCCAACCAAACUUGUUUUAAGAAAAAAGAGGGCCAAAGAGGGAAGAUCGGGUGAAGAGGUUGAGCAAUGUCCAGUACCUUCAAGAGUGACUGUAAGACGGAGGUCUAGUGUUGCUGCAAUUGAGCGAAAGGAUACUGGGGUCUAUACAAGUUCAAGGGGCAAUUCGUCAAAGAGAGCUCGUCUAGAAAUGGAUGAUGGUCUCGAACACCAUCAUAGAGGUGCUCCGCACCAGGACAACUAUCAGUCAAGUGGAGCAGAAGAUUAUAUGUCUGAGUGA